AAACAAACAUACAACACCAGGGAUUCGCUGGUCGUCACCGACCCAACUACUAGUCUGGCCCUCAUUGGCUUGUCUAUGGGAGAGCGGACGGGAUCCCGAAUUUUCCAAUGGGUGUGGUCGUAUGUGACAGUUAUGGGCAGUAAACGCUGCUAUCUUGGCAGCUUUUUGUUGCUGAGGGGAAAUGCUGGCCAGCGACUCGUUAGGGUUAGGGCUCACGAUCCUAGAGGUUUAUCUGAAAUAAGGAUUUGA